CCGCGGCCGCCGGGCUGCCAGGCGCGGCGCUGCCCGGCUCGGCACGGCUCGGCACGGCUCGGCGCGGCCCCGCCAUGGACGGGGGCGCCUUCGGAGCGGGGAAAGCCGGCGGCGCCUUCGACCCGCAGGCCUUCCUCCGGCAGCCGCACACCCUGCUGCGGCUCCUCUCCUGGGUGUUCUCCAUCGUGGUGUUUGGCUCCAUUGUCAAUGAAGGGUACGUGAACCGCAUGGACGAUUCGCAGGAGCACUGCAUUUUCAACCGCAACCGCAACGCCUGCAACUAUGGCAUUACCGUGGGUGUCCUCGCCUUCCUCAGCUGCCUUCUCUACCUGGCUCUGGAUGCCUACUUCCCGCAGAUCAGCAGCGUCAAGGACCGCAAGAAGGCAGUGCUCUCGGACAUCGGUGUCUCGGCCUUCUGGGCAUUCCUGUGGUUCGUUGGCUUCUGCUUUCUGACCAACCAGUGGCAAGCUUCAAAAGAAGAGGACAACCCAAUGAACGAGGGAGGGGAUGCAGCCCGAGCAGCCAUCACGUUCUCCUUCUUCUCCAUCUUCACCUGGGGCUUCCUCACCUUUCUGGGUUUCCGGCGACUCAGAGACAUUACUUUUCAGGAGGAAUACAACACGCUGUUCCCCAACUCCCCGUCCUUGCUGCCAUAAUGCCCCUCACUGGUGGCGAGCAUGGGGGUAGGGACAAGGGCUGCAGAUGAAGGAGGCUGUCGAGCAGUUGGCUCCAACGCCCUGAUCAUGGGCGUUGGCGUGUUCCUCCUCUGCCCCUUCUCUCCCUCACCCUAACUAAUGCUGUGUAACACUUGUGCCUUUCUUUUGAUGACUGCUCAGACCUAAUAUUUCAGCCAGGAGAUGCCUUCUGCCCCACCACUGUAUCUUCUCCAUUCCUCCCAGCCCUCAUUCCCCAAACUCUCCCCCGUGGGGCAGUUUGUGACCUGCCAGACCGCUCACCUCUGUCGGGGAUGCUCUGGGAAGGCGAGCUGUGCCUGCUGGGGUCUGCAAUGCUGAGCCCCAUGCCCAGGCUCCCUGCUGGCCACCCCGUUGCAGCUUGUCCCUCUUCUCCUUGCCACGGAGCUGGUGCUUCCUGCAGGGCAGCCUGAACCUGGACGGGCUUCGCACACUAACCCGUAACCACUACUAACCCUCCUUUUGUUUGUUUCUCUCUCUCGGUACGUUCCCCUUUCUCUUUCUCCCGUCCCCUCUCUGCUUCCCGUCUCUUCCCGUCCCCCCCCUGAAGGUGGGCCAGGCAUUCCUGGCGUAUCAGCGCUUCCGGCUGGGCGCCGACUCGGCCCUCUUCUCCCAGGACUACAUGGACCCCAGCCAGGACUCCGGCAUGCCUUACGCUCCCUACACCAACGAGGAGGAUGCUACGGACGCGGU